AAUAAAAAAUGGGUGGAGAGCAUAUACCCGGGUAAGCGUCGCCAAAAUGAGGGUCAGCAGGAUCAGUUAUACGAGCGACCGACCAGUUUACUAGAUGCACCACAAAUACAAAACCCCUCGGAUUGCAAUCGUAAGUCCAAAGGCUUGCCGAAGAGGGAGUGGUCUGAAGCCAUAUAUUCGCCUCAAAGUCAGGCGCCCGAUGACCAGACG